UGUCCCCUUACCCAGGGACUCCUUUCUCUUAACUUGGUUAUUUCAUCAUUAGUUUGGCUCUCUUCCUAUUUCUCCUCUGUUUCUUCACACGAUCUCCAAGCUAAGGGACCAGGGCGCCAUCUUCAAAUCUUUACACUAACUUAGGGCAGAGGGCGGCACAUCUGCUGGAGCACAGCUCAAGAUGCCUGAACCCACACAAGAAAAUGGUCAGCCUGAAGUGUGGUCUCUGGGGGAGGGACAGACACCUGAUGACAUUGACAAGCAGAUUGAAAAUCCACCUCUGUCUAGCUUACUUAUUGAGAAACCACAAACUGGCUCCAUCCAUGUAGGUGAAGACAUUACCUUUAUUGCAAAAGUGGAGGGCAAGGACUUACUUCGUAAGCCAACUAUCAAGUGGUUCAAGGGAAAAUGGAUGGAUCUUGCUAGCAAGACAGGAAAACAUCUACAGCUGAAGGAGACUUUUGACCGUAAUGCUAAGGUUUACACUUUUGAGAUGCGCAUCAUCAAGGCAAAGGAGAACUAUAGUGGAAAUUACAGAUGUGAGGUCACCUGCAAGGAUAAGUUUGACAGCUGCUCUUUUGACCUUGAGGUCAAAGAAGCUCCUGAUUCAGGAGGUCUCGACAUUCGAUCAGCCUUCAAAAGAAGCAGUGAAGGCCAGGAGGAUGCAGGAGAGCUUGACUUUAGUGGGCUUCUCAAACAUAGGAACAACCUGGAAGAGGCUGGUGAUCUGACAUGUUUUGGUAUCAGGGAGGUAAAGCAGGAGGAGGUACCAGAGGUGGAUGUGUGGGAGAUCCUUAAAAAUGCCAGACCUGACCAGUAUGAGAAGAUUGCGUUCAUGUACGGAAUCACAGAUCUUCGUGGCCUGCUUAAAAGGUUGAAGAAGACAAAGAAAGAGGAGAAGAAAAGUGAAGCAUUUGCCAAGAAGUUAGACCCUGCAUACCAGGCAGACAAAGGUGGAAAGAUAAGAUUAGUGGUGGACCUGGCUGACCCAACUGUUGAACUGAAAUGGUACAAAAAUGGCCAAGAGAUUCGUCCUACCCCAAAUAAUAGGAAGUAUAUCUUUGAGCACAAAGGCACACAGCGGAUCCUAAUCAUCAAUAACUGUCAGCUAAAUGACGAUGCUGCUUAUUCAGUGACUGCAGGAAAUGACAAGUGUGCUACUGAACUGUUUGUGAAAGAAUUACCAGUGAAGAUUGUAAAAGAUCUGGAGCCUGUGAAGACUACUGUUAAUGAGAGAGUAGAGUUGGAGUGUGAGGUAUCAGAAGAAGGAGCACAAGUGAAAUGGAUGAAGAAUGGUGUGGAGGUUCCCACUGGAGUACGUUCAAGAUAUCGUGUGAAGAGUGAAGGCAAAAAGCACUGGCUAAUCAUAGAGGAUGCAUCAAAGGAAGACACAGGAACUUACUCUAUAAUGGCAACUGGAGGCACCAGUGAGGCUCAUGUCCAAGUAGACCUAAAGCCUUUCAAGGUUCUGCAAGACCUGAAGGAUAUAACGGUACGGUUGGGCCAGCCACUGAAGUUACCCUGUGAGGUCUUCCCUGGAAAUGUUCCUGGGCAAUGGUACAGGAAUGGACAACUCAUCCAGUCCAGUGAUCGAAUCAACAUUCUCCACCGUGCUAAAAACCACAGCCUGGAAGUGGGGAGUUGUACCCUCCAUGAUGCUGGAGAUUACACUUUUGUGCUUGAGGGAUACACCGAAACUCUUUCUGCUCAUGUCCACAUCAUAGAUCCCCCUAAAGCGCACUUAGAUGCUCUGAAUGCACCAGAUAACACUAUCACAAUUGUGGCUGGUAACAAACUGCGCUUAGAGGUCCCAAUCAGUGGAGAGCCAGCACCCAGAGUGGUGUGGACGAAGAGUGAGAGGGUUAUUCUCGAGUCAGGGAAUCGGGUUCGUGCAGAGACAUACCCUGACCAGACUUCCCUCACUAUUGACGUAACAGAAAGAGAGGAUACUGGCAACUACAAGAUUGUUCUACAGAAUGAAGCAGGGGAGGACACAGGCAGUGUCAGGAUCAAGGUUGUAGAUAUCCCUGAUCCUCCUAGUCCUCCCUUGGUUACUGAAAUUGGUGGAGACUGGUGUACGAUGACAUGGGACCCUCCUGUUUAUGAUGGAGGUUCUCCAAUCCAAGGAUACUUUAUUGAGAGGAAGAAGAAGCAAAGCUCUAGAUGGAUGAGACUCAACUUUGAUCUUUGCAAAGAGACCACAUUUGAGCCUAAAAAGAUGCUCGAGGGAGUUCCGUAUGAGGUGCGGGUGUUAGCCAUUAAUGCUAUUGGUGUGUCCAGGGCCAGUGAGCCCUCCAAACCCUUUAUCCCCCUUGCUGUUACCAGUGAACCCACAAUGCUGGUGGUAGACGAUGUCACAGAUACAACUGUGACAGUGAAAUGGCGUCCUCCAGAAGCUAUUGGUGCUGCUGGGUUAGAUGGAUACCAAGUGGAGUAUUGCAUCGAAGGAACUGACGAGUGGAUACUAUCCAAUAAAGAACUCAUAGACAAAACCAGGUACACCAUCACAGGCCUGACUCCAGAUGCCAAGAUCCAAAUUCGAGUGAAGGCGAUUAAUGCAGCCGGCGCCAGUCCACCUAAGACAACUCAGCAUGCAAUUCUGGUCAAAGAGGUCGUUGAACCACCUAGGAUUCGUGUUCCUCGUCACUUGAAGCAGACGUACAUGCGCAAGGUCGGAGAACAAGUCAACAUUGUCGUGCCAUUCAUGGGUAAGCCCAGACCACAGAUCACCUGGCUGAAGGACGAUGAACCUAUUGACCCUGCACAGGUCAACAUUCGUAAUUCAGACUGUGAUACCAUCAUUUUUAUUCGCAAAGCGGAGCGUAAGCACUCUGGGAAAUAUAAGCUGACUGUGACGGUAGAAAGCUAUGUGGACACAGCUAUCUUGGAUAUCCAGAUUGUGGACCUUCCUGGUCCUCCGCAAAUUGUUAGAAUUGAUGAGGUGUGGGGUAAUAAUGUAGCUCUGGACUGGACGCCACCCAAGGAUAAUGGCAAUGCCCCUAUAACAGGUUAUACCAUCCAGAAGGCUGAUAAAAAGACUAUGGAGUGGUACACCUGUUUGGAGCACUACCACCGUACCUGUGUUACUAUCCAUGAACUGGUGGUGGGUAAUGAGUAUUACUUCAGGAUCUUUGCAGAGAACAUCGUGGGUCUGAGCCAAAGUGCCACCACUUCUAAAGACACUGCAGUCAUUGUAAAGGAAGGCAUGAACCUGAAGAACCCAGAAUACAUUGAUCGAGACUUUAAAGAGGCACCAAAGUUCACACAGCCACUCAUCAACAUAUGUGCCAUCGCCGGCUACAACACAACCCUCAACUGCAGCGUCCGCGCCAACCCAAGGCCCAAGGUGAUCUGGAUGAAGAAUAAAAUCAUUAUUGUUGAUGACCCACGCUACCGUAUGUUCAGUAACCAGGGCGUGUGUUCACUGGAGAUUCGGAAGCCCAGCCCAUUUGAUGGAGGUGUGUACACCUGCAAGGCCGUGAAUGAUCUUGGGGAUGCCCAGGUGGAAUGUAAACUAGAAGUCAAAGUCAUCACUCAGGAAUAGUGAAUGUGUUAUUCCCAUCUAAGGAGGAUUUACGUUCUUUCAGCUGAUGAAGCGUGGCGUUCCCCUGCAUCUCAUUAAUAAGUACAUUACCGACACAAAGCCCCCCGAGUCUGAGAAGAAGGGUUCUGACUGAUGAGUGAUUUGCCCAAAGCUUUUCCAGUAAUCCCUGUUGCUAGAGCUCAUCAUUCAUGUGUGAACAGUCUUUGGCAUGGCAUGCAGUGUUCAGACAUGAACCUAUAGUUCCCAUAGAAAAGCCUGCUCAUAGGCUACUGUAUGACAGGCUGCUUUACCCUUCAUAUUGAUGAGUAAAUAAACAAGAUGAAUCCCAGAGUUGGUUAAAAAAAUAUAUGAAACAAUUUUGGUAAUGAAUUCAGUGUAUAAAAUAGGCCUGUGGGUUGCCAAUGGCGUUUGUUGUUCUUUUUUGUUUUACUUUCUUAGCUUUCCCUAUUGUAAUGUAACAAAGCCAUUUUCUUGCAAGUUUGUAGCAGAAACAAUAUUAUCUCUGAUAUGCAAGAUGUUACAUCAUUUACAUACAAAGUAUUAACCUUUUAAUCCAAUAGAGCUGGUGAAGAUGAACUACUUGUCUUAUGUAGCAAUGCUUUAUUUAGCAUGGUUGAGUUGAUUAAAUGUCAGUAAAAAAAAUAAAAUAAACGUAUAGUAAGUGUUUUUAAACGA